UGGAAGAACUCCAAAAAAUAUAAUACAUUGUAUUUUUCUGUUACAUUUACUAUUUCUUGCAUUUUGUGAAUUAUUCCAUUUAUUACAUAAGUUCUACAUAUUUAUAAAUUGACAGUGAUUAACCUAAAUAGUAAAUUAACUGGCUGUUCAAAACAGCUGUCAUGUACAUGGCAACUUCGUUGAAAUGCAGUAAGACAUAACAACUAUUGGAUUUCGCUUCUAUUUGUGUUCAAUUAACUUGUCACAAUGGAAAAGAGUACACAAAGUCAAACAUGUAGCGAACAUGUUAUUAAAACUGGGACAAAUAAUAUUGAUACAAAUAAUAUUCAAAUGGAGGGAGAUUUAUGUCUUGGAGAGAGAAUUAGACCUUCUUCAGUUCAUAGGUCACUCUCUAUGAAACAAACUCAUUUGAGUAAAACAACAACUCUUGAUGACUUUGAGGUACUAUCAACAAUUGGCACAGGAUCUUAUGGAACUUGUAAGAAAAUUGAAAGGAAAAAAGAUGGCAAGAUACUUGUAUGGAAGGAGCUUGAUUAUGGGUCAAUGACAGAGACAGAGAAACAGAUGUUGGUAUCUGAGGUCAAUCUCCUCAGAGAACUGAAGAGUCCAUACAUUGUUAGAUAUUAUGACAGAAUUAUAGACAGGGCUCGUACUACAAUUUAUAUUGUGAUGGAAUAUUGUAAAGGUGGGGAUCUUUCAACCAUCAUAGCCAAAAAUAAAAGAGAAGGAGCCUACUUAGAUGAAGAGUUUAUAUGGAAGAUUUUGAUACAGCUUACCCUGGCUCUACAAGAAUGUCACCAGCGGAAAAAUGGCCGUGCUGUUCUCCAUAGAGACAUGAAGCCUGCAAAUGUAUUUCUUGACACAGAUAAGAAUGUGAAACUUGGUGAUUUUGGUUUAGCAAGGGUGCUACAUCAUGAGACAAGCUUUGCUAAUACAUAUGUCGGCACUCCAUAUUACAUGAGUCCAGAACUUGUGAACAAUAUGGCCUACAAUGAAAAGAGUGAUAUCUGGUCAAUGGGCUGUGUUCUGUAUGAGCUCUGUGCCCUUCAUCCACCUUUUAUUGCCUCAAACCAAACAGAAUUAAAUAGAAAGAUAAGAAUCGGGGACUUCAGUCGCAUUCCAGUUAGAUACUCUGAUGAUCUCAAUACAGUUAUUGGCAAAAUGUUACAUGUUGAGGUUUCCAAAAGAUUAAGCAUAGAAGAGCUGUUAGAAUACCCACUUGUGUCUCAGAAACGCAUAAAACUAGAGCGUAAAAUGUCAGGACAACAGCAUACUUCCAUAGACUUUAAAACAUGGGAAAUGGAACUUAGAAAUUUGGAAAGAGAGUUAGAAAAUAAAAAAAAAGAUCUUGAAAGAAGAGAAAGAGAGUUGGAUGUUCGUGAAAAGAUGAUAGAAGACAAAAACAAAAGUGCUACUGUUAGGGAGAAAUUAGCUGAAGAAAAGUACACAAGGGCAGAAACAUUACUGAUGGAUUAUGAACAUAAAAUGAGGAAAGAUACAGAUAAAUUGUUGAGGAGAGAGUGUGAUUAUGUACCUAUACCAGAGUCUACUGCUGAUAGUCAGUCAUCUUGUUUACCAAAGAAAAAGGAAGUUGAGACUCCAAAGAAGAAAGUCUCAUUUGAUAUAUAUGGUAAAGAGAAUCAACGAUUUAAAGAUCGCUAUGGUGAUCCUCUAAAUAAAUAUUCUGACUAUGAUAGUGGCUACAUUCAGGAUUUGUUAAAAAAACAUGAAUUGAAGGAGCGUUUAUAUCAAGUAAAACAUCGAUCGAUGGAACUGAGACGGACUGACGAUCGUGCUGGUACACAGUCCAGGAAUCUCCUUUUAUUCAGAUAGUUCUAUUCCAAUGGCUUAUUUUUAUGCAAAAUUUAUAAUUUAUUAUUAAUGAAGGAUAUUUUAGGGUUGUUGUUGUCGUUUUUCUUUUUGCUUGUAAUCAAGCUUUGCUUUUUCUUUUGAAGAGGCUAUUUAUAGUUGCCUAGGGUAUUCCAAAAUGUCCCCUCCUUUGUAUUCUCAAAUAUCUAAUACACAUUAAAAGCACUCUGAAUUUAUACAUGUAUAUUUUUUACUUGAUUAUUAAAGCAACUUUCAGAUCGCUAUACUUUAAAUGUGACAAAAAGAGAAAUAUGAGCUGGGGGAGGGGGUGGUCUGAGAGUACUGUAAAACCAGUUAUUAUGAUUGCUGUGAUGUAUAAUGCUUUAAGAUAAGUUUAUAUUACAAAGUUAUUUUUAGUUAUAUAUCACAUGUAAUUGAAAUAUUUCAUGUAAGUAAUAAAUGGACAGUUGUGAUGUUUAUAUUGUGAUAUUUUAAUUACUAUAGAUAAGGCUACUGUAAUAUUGAGGAACUUUUUGUUUUACAGACUUAAUGUUCACACUUGCUCAAAGUACAUUUUAUGUUGCAAAAUAUGUUUCUGUAAAUUAAUGGAACAGACUUGUUACACUUAAGCCUUGCAUGCUGGUACGUUUUAUUGUAUAGUAUUCACCUUAUGACAUUGUUAAAAAAUAAUUAAAAUAGUGAUUUUUUUAUUUUCUAAUGUUUAUUUAUUCUACUAUUUUUUGAAAAAAUGAAGUACUAUCUGUUGAUUUUAAACCUGUGAAACUAUAUCCUAUCACUUCACAUGAUUUGGAAAGUAACAUACACAUGCAGUAGGAUAUAAUCACUCAACCAAAUAAUGUACCAAUUAACUGAUGAUAAACUAGAUAGGUCUUUGUAUAUUUAUUAUGUUUAGUACAGGUUCAUGUGUGCAAACCUGUGAAUUUGUUUAUAUCAUAGUUUAAAAAAGGCAAUAAAAUUAUACAUGCAAAAACUUGAUAUUUUGAAAGGUAACAAUUUGCUUAAUGUUCAAUACCCUAUAAUACCUUAAUAUAAUAUUAGACCUAUUUUUAUUAUGAAUGAUGUUAAUUAUGAUAGGGCUGACCCCUUAUACCUAUUAUGAUGGUAAUUUAAGUUGCUCAGUUUGGGCUUCAAAAAAAUACUACAUCUACACAUGGUGAACAUUUAAGUUCUCUGGUACUGUUUCUGGGACAUAGGAACAUCUUGAAGGCAUAUGCUACAGUUAUCAUAUAAAUAUAAUUAUAGGUAGAAUAAACUGUAUAAUAGCAUAUGUCCAAAUUGCAUAAUCUUGAAAUAUGAAGUUUUGUUAGUAUGAUGUACAUGUAUAUAUCAAUUUUGUUUUUAUAAGAAUUCCGUCCAACAUAAAAUUUUGAUCUCAAUAUGAAAAUAUAUGAUACAUUAUUACAACAUAUUGUGUUAUUUUGUUUGAGCAUGCUUUAAUGGUUGUAAUUUUUUUUCUUUAUAAAGUUGUGAUUUUGACCAAUAUACAUAUGUUUCUGAUGACCAUCAAAUGUUUGUUAUAAUAAAUAUUUUUAUUUAUUUCA